ACUUAACAUGUGAAUGUUAGGGGGCAGUCUGGGGUCUUUAUAGAGCACUUUUUUUUCCUCCUUUUUUCUCCACAAGCAAAGCAUGGAGUUUGGGAGGCAAAAGAGGAUCUGGGGGAGGGGCUAGCCAAUGGAGGGAAAGAAGGAGCAACGGAGAUGAGAGAGUGCUUCGCUGUCCAACUGUCUGGCACAAGAGAAACAAGAGCCUGAGAGUAUGCACAACACACUGCUGGCUUAUGGACCAACACUCUACCCAGAUCUGUGAAUGGGAACCAUGCUUUAUUUCUGACCUGGAGACAAGUGGAGUGCAGCAGGAAUACUGGGUUUCAGUGUGUGCACAUCCCAUCAGUUGCCUCAACGAGGAAGGAAUUUCUCUAUCGAAGAGGGUGCAACAAAGAGGACAGAGAGUGUCGAUGGGAGGGGGAGGCUGAAUCCAGGGAAGAACAUUGUUCGCCUGUGACUGUGGGCAACGGAAAAGCAUGACCUAGUGUGUGUGUGUGUUUGUGUUUAAAAGUGUGUUUAAAAGAGUGAGAGUGUGUACACAAGUGCACAAUAUUUGUAUGCCUAUGUAUCAGUCUGCCAGUGUAAAAGCAGGCCUUUUAAAAGGAUGCUGAAGAUUUUUGAUCUGUGGUUUGAAUGCAGAAGAACCUAUGGAAUUGUUUUGUUAGCUGUUUUCCCUCUGUGGACAUUGGUAGCUGAACUGACUCCUGCAUGCAUGGCCCAGGGGCCUUCUUGCCUCACGACUUACUUGCCUGUAGGCUGAAGGAUCAUGGGUAACCUCAUAAGUAGACCUAGCUGCCUGGGUCAGAAGUCCAAGCAAGUGAGGUCAAAUGAGGCCUUCCUUAAAGAAUGCUACCAGCGACAGAGGGACUGGCCUGUCCCAGAGCCUUCUAAGGAAGGAAGGAAAAUAGAGAAUGUGGACCAAACCUCUCCACAAGUUCCCACUCCAGACAAAAACAGGAGCUCCCCUGCUCCUACUGUCACAACCACCAGCACUUUAGAUAACGCUUGGAGAAACACACCUUCCCCAGCCAAAACUCUAUACAAUGGAUCUUUGCCCAGGAGGACCAAUGUUCCUGAGUACAGGAGAUCACCUCUGGGACAAUGUGGAACAGAGGAGACAAGAGGCACCUUGCAGAGAAGAGACUCUGGAAGCCCAUGGUCAUGGAAAACUCUGAGUUCUCGAGAAGUCACAGAAGUCACGGAAGUGACAGAGACUAUCGUGACAGAAAUUGUGGAGGUGACUGAAUAUCCAGCAGGACAGCAAGGCGGAGAUCCUAUUAUUACCAGGACAGUUAGGGUCCUCACAGGAGCGGCUGAAGAAUUAGCAGAGCUGCAAAGUGCUGGAAAGUCCAGUUUGGAGAAGGAAUUAAGUCUGGAUAGAUGGAAGAGUACCAGAAGUACUUUGGCUCUGACUGAUGGAUUUGGGGAUCCUGAAAUGUUUAAGCAAAAUCUACAGACACUGUUAACAUGGGUUUGUGAAAUUGAAGAGCUCGUGGCAAAUCAAAAACCUCUCUCGUCGGAAUUUAAAGUAGUGAAAGCUCAGCUUCAAGAACAGAAGCUUCUACAGCGUCUUCUAGAGGACAGGAGGUCUAGCAUGGAAACUAUGAUGCAGGAGGGCCCACUUUUAGCAGAGGGACUUCUGGAGGAAGACAGGGAUAAAGCAAAACUCCAACUUUCCCAACUUAAACUGAAGUGGGAAGCCCUUCUUUUAGGUGCUAAUAGCAGGAGACAGCGUUUGGAGCUCAUUUUGCCUCAGGCUCAGCUCUUUCAGGAGAGAAUAGACAGUUUUCAUCAGUGGCUGAUAUCCAUGGAGCAGGACUUAGCUGAACUCCGUUCUGCAGAGAGAACAAUGCUGCAUUUGCAGGAAGCCACUGAUCAGGCCAAGGCUGUUAUGGAGGAAAUACAAGCAAAGAAUGCUGACUUAGGAAAACUUCAACAGUGCUGUCAUGAUUUUAUGGAGCAUGUCUCAGAAGAGGAGUCACAGCUGGUACAAGAGAAGGCAAACAGCUUGCGGAUCCGGUACUCAGUGAUCUGUUUAGGCAGUGCUGAUGUUCUGCAAAGGCUGGAACAGGCACUGGAGGCAUCCAGCCGAUGCACCUCUAGUCAGGAAGACCUCCAUUUGUGGCUGGGCCGCAUCGAGAGGGAACUUCUGGGAACAGCGCAGACUGGAGAUGCAGUUCUGUGUGCUGCUGAGAGACAGAGAUUGGAACAGGCAGUUGAAAAAGAAUUGGCCUGGUUUAGAACUACAACCCAGGGACUGGAGAACCUCAGUGUCAUCCAACUGGACCCUGAUGUUAUUGCAACCCAGCUCUAUGAUCAGAAAAUACUUGCAGUGGAGAUUCUUCAGCACAAGUUUAACAUUGAGAAAAUGAUGAAGGUUUCUGAACUCUUACACACAUAUUGUGAGAGUGAGGAUAUGGAAAGCCUUCAGACAAGUCUGCAUACUCUGGAGGACCUUUGUCAGAUAACUACAGGCACUAAUUCCCAUGUGGUGCUGCAGCUGGAGCAUGCUCAGUCUCUCUUGUCCCAAUUCUCAGAGGGCUUUGCUGAGGUGGUGCCAUGGUUACAGGAAACCAAAACCCUUACUGACCAACUUGCUUUGAACACCAUUAGUUAUGAAGCAUUCAGAGAACAACAGGAGCUCUUACAGAGCCUAAGGGAAUCUACAGCUGAGCACAAGCCUUUAAUAUUCCGAUUAGAAAUGUUGGCCAAGCGUCUAUCAGACCUGAGUCCUGACCAGGCACAUCAAUACUGCCAGAAAGCAGCAGAGGCUGAAGAGCACUACCAGACAAUCAGAAACAGAAUUCGAGAGGCUGCUGCAGUCCUUGAGGAGUCUCUGCCACGGUAUACACAGCUGAAUGAGAGAAUGAUUCUGAUAGGGGAAAGCCUGGAGCGUCUGUACAACCACAUGCAGGCCACAGUGAUUCUGCAAGGUCUCACCCCACGUAUUCAGGAGCAGGUAAAGGACAACAAGAACACUAUGGCUGAGCUCUCCAAGCUGGAGCUGAGCCUGAACAGUGUGAGGACUCAAGCUGAGGAGCUGCUGGCAAACACACAAGGAGCAGGAGCCAGCUCUAUUGGCACAGCUAUUCAGAAGCAGGUAAGCAGCCUUACCAGCCAGUGGAAGGAGACCCAUAAGCAAUGUCAGGAGAGGGAAAAGUGGCUCUUCAACCUGCUUGAUUUGGCUACAAGGUUCUGGAAUGAAGUAAGCAGCAUGACAGUUGGGCUAAAUGAUGCGCAACAAACUCUGCUAGAUCUCAACUCAAGUAGAACAGAUUCUGAGACCAUCCAGCAAAGCCUGUUGACAAUGCAGACUUUGAGAGAGGACAUCGAUGGUCUACAAGGGGAACUGGACACACUUGGGGUUUUGGGAAUGGAGCUAAUGUCUGCAUGUGGAGACACAGACAAGCCAGAAGUCACAAAAAGCUUAGAUGAGCUCUACUGCACAUGGAACAAUCUUAAUAAGAUCUGGACUGAGUGCCACAAUAAGUUAGAAGAAUCUCUACAGUUGGCACUGAAUUAUCAGGACACCCUGCAGGGUCUAUUUGAGUGGCUUAAGUCAGCAGAGCUGAAAUCCACUGAAGAGUUCUUGGUGGGAUCUGAUCUUGGAUCUGUCAAAGAGCAGCUGUGUGGUCUAAAGGAGUUCAAGCGGGAAUUAUACCAGAAAAAGAUUGAGAUUGAGAGUUUGAACCAUCGUUACGUGGGUCGCCUCUCUCCGGGUUCUGUGCGCCCAGGGUCUGCCUCACCACUGAGGGAUUUUCGUCAGCGCUGGGACAACCUGGAGUCGGAGACUGUCAGCCGACAACACCAGUUGGAGUGUGCACUGCUAGGAUUGGGCCAGUUCCAGAACAACUUUGAUGAGCUGCAUGCCUGGAUCUCCCACACUGCUGAACUGCUGCAGACAUCUCGGCCCAUCAGCAUCGACCUACAGACCUGUGAGAUAGAACUUGCCAAGCACAAGGUGCUGCGCAAUGAUGUGAUGUCACAUGUACAUACUGUGGAGUCUCUGAACCAGGCAGGAAGGGUCCUGCUGGAGGGCACAGGAGAGAGCCCUCAGGGUCUGCAGCAUCGGCUGGAGCAACUGAACGAAUGCUGGGAGUUUGUGCGUUCUGAGACAGAGCGCAGGCAGCUGAAGCUGGAGAAUUACCUAAGUCAAGUUCAAGAUGUAACAAUGGAAAUCCAGGAUCUUCUGCAGUGGAUGGAGUACACAGACUUAAAGCUGUCCUCCACUAAAACUGUAUGGGGAAUGCCAGACUCUGCCAGUGAGAGACUCAGUGCUCAUCUGGAGCUGUGUAAUGAGAUGGAUUCCAAACUGCAUGCCUACACAAAUAUCCGUAAUGCUGUCCACAGGAUGCUGGAGGAAAGUAAUGUGGCUCAUGGCUCCAGCACAGAACACAGCUUAAGCAUCCUGGAACAAAAGUGGAACACUGUUUACGCAAAAAUGCAAGAUCGAAAGUCUAAGUUAACAGAAGGACUUACUUUAGCAAAGGAGUUUAACAGCAAUAUCCAAGAUCUGCUGACCAAAAUGGCAAAGUGUGAAGAGGUUAUUAAUGCCCUACCUACUCCCAGCUUCAUCCUAGACACCAUUAGCACCCAGCUUCAAGAACACAAGAUGCUGGUUAGUGAGGUCCAAUCGUAUGGAGAAAAGAAGACUUGUGUGGAGAAUGCAGCCUCUCAGCUGUUGGAACUGAGCAGGAAAGAGGACUGUGAUGUAAUACAGAAUCUACUGAUAAUGGUUCAAGACCGCUACAGGAAGCUCCACCAGCACACCAGUGAGAGGGGGAAGACUCUGGAAGAUGUUAAGAAACAAGUUAAACAGUUCAGUGAAUCCUGGCAGCUGCUGAUGGACUGGAUGACUGAAGUGGAACAGACCCUGGACACACAUAAGGAGAUCGCUGUUUCACAUGAGGAGAUCAAACAGCAACUCACUGAGCAGAAGGAAUUCCAUAAACUCUUUCGCUCAAAGAGGCCGAUGUAUGAGGCCUGCUUGAAGAGGGGUCGCACUCUUUUAGAAAAGACUCAGAAUUCUUUAGACACCCAGCAUCUGGAGAAUAUGGUGUCUGAACUCAGAGACUCGUGGGAUACCAUCAGUGGCAAAUCUGUGGAGAGGCAACAUAAAUUGGAGGAGGCACUGCUGUUUUCUGGAAGAUUUAGUGAUGCCCUCCAGGCACUGAAUGACUGGCUGUACAGGGCAGAGCCACAGGUUGCUGAAGAUAUGCCUGUUGGUGGUGAAAAGGACUUGGUUAAUAAUUUAAUUGACAAGCACAAGGUGUUCCAAAAAGAGCUGGGAAAGCGGGCAGGCUGUAUUCGCACCAUAAAGCGUUCUGUGAGAGAUUUAACUCGUGGAAGCACAGCUGAUGCCCACUGGCUGCAGGAACAGAUGGAGGAGCUGGAGGUUCGCUGGGAAGCUGUGUGUAAACUCUCAGUCUCCCGACAGACCAGACUGGAAGCAGCACUACAACAGGCAGAAGAGUUUGAUAGAAUGGUUCACUCCUUCCUUGAUCAAAUUGCUGACACUGAGAGGGAUUUGAAAUAUGGUGUACUACCUGAAGAAGAAGAGGCUCUAAUAACAUUUCUCACACAGCACAAGGAGUCACUGAGUUCUUUAAGUAGUCAUCAGGUGGCUCUGGAAUGCAUACAAUCCUUAGGUGAAGAGAUUCUUUCUUCCUGCCAUCCUGACUCUGUUAUUACUAUCAAAUCUUGGAUCAGUGUAACCAAAACCCGCUAUGAGGAGGUCCAGACAUGGGCACAACAGCAGGCUGAGCGAAUCCAAGCUGCGCUUUCUGCCUUGGAGGCUGAAAGAAAGGAAGUGCAGUGCCUUCUGAACUGGAUCUCCUCGGCUGCAGAAUCAUUGAACCUCAGAGACCAGGAACCUUUCCCUGAUGACAUAGGGCAGACAGCAGAGCUCUUCACCCAGCACAAGGUUUUCAUGGAUGAGUUAAAGAGUAAAGUUAUAGAAGUAGAAAACGCCACAAAAUCCUGCAAACAUAAGCUGAUUCCUAAAAAGCUGGUGUCUCCGAGCCAUAAGACACCAUACAAAAGAAGAGGUCCAACAAAGAACCAGACCACAGUUUCAUUGCCCCUGGAGAAUCUGGAACCUCACACACCCCAGUUGUGUCAACUGGUCAGCCAGUGGCAGAAACUGUGGGUCCAGGCCCACAGCAGACAGACCAGACUUGAAGAGCACCAGCAGAGACUUAGAGAGUUGGAAGAGUUUGCUAACUUUGACUUUAACAUCUGGCGCAAGAGGUACAUGCAGUGGAUAAGUCACCUCAAGUCUCGGAUUUUAGAUGUUUUCCGCAGCAUCGAUCGAGAUCAGGAUGGUCGAAUCAGCCAAAAGGAGUUCAUCGACAAUGUUCUAGCAUCUAAAUUUCCAACCAACUCCUUGGAAAUGGCUGCUGUUGCAAACAUCUUUGAUGUAAAUAGCGAUGGCUUCAUCGACUACUAUGAGUUUGUCAGUGCUCUCCACCCAAGCCGAGAUCCCUACAGAAGGACAACUGACGUGGACCAAAUCAAUGAGGAGGUGAGCAGACAGGUGUCCCAGUGCAGCUGCCCAAAGAGGUUUCAGGUGGAGCAGGUUAGCGCUAACCGCUACAGGUUUGGAGACUCUCAGCAGUUAAGAAUGGUGCGUAUUUUAAGAAGCACCCUCAUGGUACGAGUUGGUGGUGGAUGGACGGCCCUGGAUGAAUUUCUUGUUAAGAAUGACCCUUGCAGAGUAAAAGGUCGGACAAACCUGAAGAUAAAGGAGAAGUACCUGUCACCUCAUUCUUUUGAAGCAUCUGGUUGCAGAGGAAGCAAAGGGAUGACAGUGAGCAGAUCAAACUCUAGCCUGAGUUUAUACAGCAGUGCAUCAGCUCCUAGUAGUCCUUUAUCGCGAAAGGCACUGUUACGGAGAAGUUUCUCUGGGGAACGAUGUAUUCGGCCAAGGAGCUCUAUAGCUGCAUUAGGAACAGACCAAUUCUCUCCAGCAGGAGAUGAUGAUUCUCCUUCACCCUCAGAAGAAGCUGAAAGAGCACCCACAUGAUUGUACCUUCAACUCCCAAGAUAAAAAAGCAACAGGACUCAGGAUCCUAAUCUUAGAAGACCAGAAAGUGUUACAGGCCAAAAUGAAGAAACUUGUAUCACAGAUCCAACAACAUACACAUUGGACUUCACACAUUUCUCCCACACUAACCGUGGAUGAUGGACAUGUUUUUUUCAUUUAAGAGCUGGUGGAUCAUGUUCCCAGCGGUACAAAGGUGUGGUGGGAAUGCUAUCCACAGUCAGGAAUUAUGCAACCUUAUUCCUUCUCAUAACACAGCAUUCUGCCAGCUUCUCAAGUUUGUAAUUAUAUAUUUUGUUUUGUUAGAUUUUCUUUCUUUUGCGCAAAGCAAACAGUAUAUCCUUCUCUCAUUUCUGAGAGACUUAAAGUGUUGAAAUGUUCUGCAUGGGUUUUAGCAUGAAUGAUGCCUCUGCUCUCCCAAAUCCCAAAUAUUUUGGCUUUAUACUAAAUAAUGUGCAUACUGAGGUCCUUUACUGUGAGGGUGUGAGCUGCAAAAAUGUAUUUCCUGGAAACACAUAUACGCACAUAUUCACACAUCAGUGGUCUGUUACAGAAAUAUUGUCAAGACAGCCUGCAGACACUGAUGCAAACCAAAACGCAGACCUCGUUCAACUGCCUUAAGGCUUGAAUGAAUGUAUUCUGUAUUAUGAUGUAUUCUAUACUCUUAAAAAAAUAUAUAUAUACUAAAACAAUUUGUAUUGAACUUUUGUAAGUGUGGUUGUAGAAUAUCCUCAGGUUUGAUGAGUUCAAUAUUUUAAGCAUUAAGCAGCAAGUUGACCCUCAUUCAAAUGUACACUGUAAUGUUGGUUAGAAGACUUAUAGACACAGAAAAUCCAAAACGAAGUUUUUCAUUGCAUUUAAUAUAAAAUGGAUUUGGUUUUCUCUGUAGCUCAUGUUAAUGUCUUUGUAGACGAGUUAUAUUUCAACUUGUAUUCACGCAUAGAUUUCUAAAAUAAAUCAUUUUGAGCAAUCAACUUUUAAGUGUUUCCCUAAGAGGACAUGAAAGUGUAGGUCUCCGUGAGAUUAGCAAAAAAAUGAAUUGUCCAACACUGUCCACUGUCCAGUUUUCUGCCAGUCCUAAACUGUAUUUUAUUUAAACCAAAAGCCAAAUGUACUCAAUCUGUUUUUUUAUCGUGCCUGCAGUGCAGAGUCCUGUAAAGCUAUCCGUUUUAUAUCUACAAGAAUGUUUUGGUUGUAGACUUUGGCUCAUAUAACAUUACAUGCAUGUGCCUAUCUUUACAUAUACAAUGUGAAUACUUCUGAAGUCUCUGGAACAUUCUUUUGUUUUCCACUGACUGCAGGAAAAAUGGUGCAACAAUGAGUAUCUAUACAAAAUUCAUGUUUACAAAAUAAAGAAAUUGCCACUGUACCUUCAUUCAUUAUAUGUAUAACUACUGAAACACUGGAGCUUUUUUCUGGCUGAGCACCUUUUUGGUGACCACCAACAACGCACUGCAUGUACUCACUCCAGGAUUUUUUUUUUAUUUCAUGGUAGGAAAAUGCCACUAAUAAGAUGUUUCUUGUAAAAUAAACCAUUUUAUAGAAUGCUGUUUUUAAUAUGAAGAGUUUUUGAACUGUUCUUGAGUUUGUUCUUCAUUGUUAUGUAAUGUGAUCUAAUUAUUCCUAUGUAGUAAUGUACACAUAACUACAUUAAAAUAAGCUUUAGUACAUACUCACAGAAGCUGAGACCCUGCUUUGGCAAAGUAUAAAACCCUUUUACAACUUUAUGCCUCUACUCAGUGAGAAUAUUUGUUCUGGAAAUAUCAUUUUAUUUUAACACACAAAAAGGGAAGAAAACAAUUUAGCUUAUGUAACUAAUGGUGAUUUACAUGUGCUGGUUUUUGUUUUUCUAAUGUGAAAUCAUAAUCAUGAAGCUGGUUAUAAAGUGUUUACUGUACUGUAGCUACUGAAAUGAAGUAGUGAAGGAAAUGACGACUUCCUUACUGGAAAAGGCUGAGAAUGAAUUUAAUUAAAUUAAUUAUUUCAACAAUGAACAUGGUCUUAAAACAGCUUUACACAGAUAAUGUGGUGAAAAAAUGAAUAAGAUGAAUUGGCACCCAGUGGUGUACAAAAAUGUACAUUGGAAGAGUUUUUAAUGCACUAGGCACACAAAUUAUAGAUUAUUAUUACCAUGAUUAUAAUUACCAGUAUAAUCUUUUUUUUUAAUAAAAUAACAUAUGUAUGUAAAAUAAUAAUAAAACAUAAUUAACAGAGUACAAAUAAGCCAUACAACUUGUGCAUUAUUUGGCCAUUGUAUUGUUUUAAGGCUUAAAUGAUUCCUCGAGUAACUCGAGUAAUUCGAAUAAAAAUAAAAAUAAAAUUCGUUUAGUCCAUUUAACUACAUCCGGGGCGUUGUGUUUCCCCACGGACCAUGAACUCUGAAGCGCUCUGGACAGGUAAACACACGCUUCUGAAUAAAAAAAAAUGGAGGAACGGCGAGAAAACGAUUCAUUUCUAAGCCUGUUUCCGCCACAUUGAAGACCUUUCCGACUAAUUCCGACCUUUUUAUUUUUAAAGCCAAUCAGGCUAAACCCCAUGUAGUGUCAGAAACAUUUACACAUUAAAAGAAAUUAAGCUACACUCAAUAGAAUCACAUGAUAUCAAACUGAGCCUCUGAUCCCUGGAGAGAACUCUGUCUAACAAUCAGCUCUGAAGGAGACACAACAAAUCAGAUGAAGAAGAGGAACCUCGUUUAUACACCAACAGUUUCAAACUUUAAACCCCCAACGUGGUCUUCGGUGGAUGCACCAGAAAUGUUUUUUGUUGGACGACAGAAAGUUUUUGCGAUCAUUUUAAACUAAAACAUAAACACCGUACAGUGCGUCUAUUUUUUAUUUAUAUAUUUGUGUUUGCAUUUGAUGUAUUAUGCCAAUUAAAUGCACUAAAUGGGUUUAGU